AUGCCAGGCACUUUUUUAAGCAUUGGCACUAAUAUUAAUGAUAUAUACUUUGAUAAUCUUGUUUUGGAUAACUUAUUACAAAGUGAUUCCACUUCAAAUACCUUAAUACAAAAUGAUUCUAGUUCUGAUAUCUUGCAAAAUGAUAGUAGAAUAGAAUUAAAUACAAUUAGUGAAAUGUGUUUAAAAGAAUUAUCAAUGUUACCUUGUUUAGAACAAAAGGAAUUAAUAGAGCUUGAAUCAAUAUGUCAACUUCUUAAACUAUUCGAAAUUGCUAUCUUAGUUCUUUCAAAGAACAGAUCAAAUUCGAUAUCUGAUGCACUAACAGUCAAUAAAUAUAGUGAAUUUGCUGCUGAACAAUAUAUUGAAAGCAUUCGACAAAAUAUAAUCAAAUAUGGAGCAAGAUAUAUAAAUACUGAUAUACAAUCAUUCUUAAUUGAAGUUGUUAAAAUUAAUUAA